AACCUCCGCUCACAUACGGGAAAUGAAAAUCACAUCCGAGAAGUGGUCGGAAAGAGGAUUCAAAAUGGCUGAGGAUGAAGAUUGGACUACGAAUCACCAGCUUGUGACGGUUAUUCCAGGGGGUGCCGACCAGCUUUAUGAUGACCCAGGUGACGUAACUGAUGUCAAGUCUGAGCCAGCCAGCCCCGAAGAGGAUACAUCAAGGACACACUUUGAUUCCCCAGAUGAAGAAGCAGAUUUGACGGUUGCCAAAGAACAGAGGCGUUUUGCACACAGUGCAGCAGAGCAGAAAAGGAGGGAUGCCAUAAGAAAAGGUUAUGAUGACCUACAGACGAUUGUACCAACCUGCCAUCAACCAAACAAUGCAGCAUCUAUGCAGAAGCUGAGCAAGGCAAUCAUUCUACAAAAAUCAAUUGAAUAUAUUAUGUACUUGCAUCAACAAAGAAAGAAACAAGAAGAGGAACUGGAGGCACUCAGGAAAGAAGUGAUGGCCUUAAAGAUCAUGAAGACGAAUUAUGAGCAAAUAGCAAAAGCACACCAGAAUCAGCCAGCACAGGGACAGAAAACAGUACCAGACCAAGCCAAAUUCACUGUGUUCCGACAGAUCAUGGAAUCACAAUUCGUGACGUUUAAUGCCUCUGUCAAUGUAACGAAUUUUGAAGCCUUGUCAGCAUGUAUAUUCAGCUGGCUGGAAGAAUACUGCAAACCUCAGUAUCUACAAGAGAUUGUUGUCAAUGCUCUAAAAAGUCUGAACAACCAAGGACUACUGCAGCAGUAAAUAUGCGUGAUAUAAACCCAGAAAUACCAGUGUGAAAAUUUUGGUUUGUAUGACAUUGGUAGAAUUAAUCUAAGAUCUUGUGUGAAAAACUCUCCUUUGAGGAAGGGAGUACCCUGAAGCCUGAAGUGCAAUAUGAAGACGAAGCUGCAAAGGAAGGCCCUAGGACUCAGACAUAAAGUUAAGCCUGUCAAGAGUGUGAUGCAGAAGUGUGUGCCUUACUCAGUUUUUCAACAAGCCAAAGGCAUUAUCCAAUAAACUCUAUUGGAGCUACACAGUUUUAUCUCUUGCAGUAGUAUCAGCAAAGAAGAAACUCUACCUCUUGCUGUAGAUCACUGGUUCUGGUCCCAGUAGGGUUGUAGGCCCAACCAUGCUAGUCUCAUAACCCAAGUUGUGUAAAGUGUUUUAAAUUAUACAAGUGUGUGCUUGAAGCUAAGGAUACAAGUUUUGGAAAGUUUCCACAUGUAACUAAUUAAUUUUUACAAGGAUUCUUUGAGAGGUAGAGUGAUGUGGUCACCAAGGUUAGGUUUUCUGGUAGCAUCAGAUGGCCAAAAAUGAAAAAAGAUAUGUUUUUAACUCCUUUUGGCCUUAAAUUGGGUUUAAAUCUCAAUCACUUGGGUCUUAAUUUAGCUGAGAUUUUGUGUAAUGCAGAAAGUUAUAAAUGAUGUUAACAAUCGAAAAAUCCCCAUAAAAAUUUUAGCUAUUCAGAUUCAGCCAGAGUGUACAUCAGUCUGUCUAACAUCUUUGAGGGCUACUGGCUGUUUUCCACUUGCUAGUGUUUUUCAUUGCCUUUUGCAUAGUCAGUUAACUUACCAUUCAAGAUUGGAAGUUAUUCAGUAAUAAUGUUUAAGAGAAAGUCAUUUUGCUUUAGCUGUUGUUGCUGUGACUGAGAAUAGCCUUGAUUACAGUGCUUGGUGGUUUUGCAAAGUGUUAACAAAAAAAUUAUUAUUAUGAGUAUAAAUAAUAAAGCGUUAUCAUUCGUUUAACAAUGAA